AUGCGGCUCCAGGCGCUGACGCUGACGGGGUAUGUGCGCCGCCCACGACCGCCCACGAUCGUGCGCCAGUGGUAUCUGGUUAUGCUGCAGUGGGUGCUCACGCUUGCGAUUGGCGCCAACGCGUAUCUGGUCGUGUACACGAGCCACAUUCUGGACACGCGACCAGAAGAGGAAGGAGGCUUUGUCUAG